UCAUUUCCCAAAUUUAGAGAUUUGUAUGUGGGCAUUUUAGGGUUGUUCUUGGGCUGUGAGGGGGUUUUCACAAAAAAAAAAAAGAAAAAAGAAAUUUCAUUUCACUUCUCUUCAAAGAGUCCGUCUUUUUCUACUCCAAAUUUGGUGGGAAAAUUUGAAGCUGAACAACAACGCUACUUUUUCGAUUCAAAUGCUCAUUUCCACAUAUGGGUAUUAGAUGAUUUGAAGGAGAUUGCUUCAAGAAGGGGAAGAGAUCGAGUCAUCAGUAGCUGAUAUUCACAUGAAAAUGCUUUAUAUAUUUUGGUGGUUUCAGUGUUACUGGAUGGCGUACUGAUUGGACAUAAACAAAGGAACUUUCUAAAUCACAGGUUUCAGUGUUACUGGAUGCCGUACUGAUUGGACAUCAACAAAGGAACUUUCUAAAUCACAUUUACCAAAGGAACUUUCUAAAUCACAUUCACAAACUAUGGAGUGCAAUAAAGAUGAGGCCUUCAGAGCAAAAGCAAUUGCAGAGCGGAAGCUCGAACAGAAGGAUUAUGCUGGUGCAAAGAAAUUUGUCUUGAAAGCUCAGGCCUUGUAUCCGGGGCUGGACGGUCUACCCCAGAUGUUAACAACACUUGAUAUCUAUAUCUCUGCCGAAAAUAAAAUAAGUGGGGAAGUGGAUUGGUAUGGGGUACUUGGUGUGAGCCCUUCAAGUGAUGAUGAAACACUGAGGAAACAGUACAGGAAGCUAGCUCUCGUCCUCCACCCUGAUAAAAACAAAUCUGUUGGUGCUGAAGGUGCAUUUAAACUUCUCUCAGAGGCCUGGAGCUUGUUAUCUGAUAAAUCCAAGAGGUUGGCGUAUAACCAGAGAAGGAGUUCAAAAGGAUUCCAGCAGAAAGUUCCAGCGCACUCAGGUGGUCCAUCGGCACCUCCACGGAAUGGAUUUCAUAAUUUUACUAGUAGGCCAAAUUCAGGUCCAAAGACUCAGAAAAAUGCUUCUCGGGUGCCCUCUUCAUCAGUUAAUUCUUCAUCCAAUCAAAGAAGCGAUACUUUCUGGACCAUUUGCCACCGAUGCAAGAUGCAUUAUGAGUAUUUGAAGAUAUAUCUUAACCACACUCUUCUUUGCCCCAACUGUCAUGAAGCUUUUAUGGCUACAGAAACAUCAGCACCGUUCAAUCAUACAAAAUCAUCCGAUUCUACUCGCCAGUGGCAUCAGAAUCAAGGGAAUCAUGCACCUAACGGGAAUCAGUUCCCCAUAGGAAGAAAUGCUAGUGCUGGUAAAACAGCAGGGUCAGCAGCAGCAAGUUCUAAUGCUGCAAAUUACUCGAACUUUCGGCAGGCUGGUGUUGGUAGCUCAGAUCCUUCCAUUGCAGUAAAAGCAGCAAAUGUUGUCCAGCAGGCACAUGAGAGAAUGAAGAGAGAACGUGAUGAUUCAUGGGGGAGAGCCAAUAGAGAGGCACCUCUUAAACAGAGAAGACUGGAUGAAGAUGGAAUCCGUUAUGGAUCCAAUGCACCUCAACAUGCAGAAAGGACUUAUGGGUUCUCUUCUAGCAAGUUUAGCAGUACCAGGGAGCUGACGCCGCUCGAAAACCGCAAUAUGCUGAUGGGGAAAGCUCGGAAAGAGAUACUCAGGAAGUUGAAUCAAUGGAGAUCACAGCCGCAAGAUGCCCAAAAACCUAAGGUAAAAGAGAGCAAAAAAGAAAAACAGAGGACUGCUAAUGUUCUUGGUCAUAAUGCAAACGGGAAUGUUGAGUCAUCAGCUGUGAAGGGAGUAAAGAAAGGUGUUGAUGCUUCAGCUAAUGAUGCAUAUCAAGAGGACCCAGUGCCAGAAUCAAUGAAUGUACCAGAUCCCGAUUUUCACAAUUUUGAUCAGGAUCGGAGCGAAAGUUGUUUCGAAGACAAUGAAGUCUGGGCUGCAUAUGAUGCUGAUGAUGGUAUGCCCCGUUUCUAUGCUAUGAUUAACAAAGUCCUCUCAAGGGAGCCGUUUAAAGUGAGGCUCAGUUGGCUUAAUUCAAAAACCAAUAGUGAAUUCGGUCCAAUGGAAUGGGUAGCUUCAGGUUAUUACAAAACUUGUGGUGAAUUUAGGAUUGGCAGAUAUGAAACGGGUAAGUCUGUGAAUUCCUUCUCCCACAAGGUUCAGUGGUCAAAGGGCCCUCGUGGAUCUGUUCAAAUAUUUCCCAAAAAGGGGGAUGUUUGGGCCCUCUACAGAUAUUGGUCUCCUGACUGGAAUCAGGAUACACCUGAUGAUGUCAUACACAAGUAUGACAUGGUCCUAGUUCUUGAUGACUACAAUGAGGAGCAAGGAAUUUCAGUAGCUCCUCUCAUCAAAGUUGUUGGUUUUAAGACGGUCUUUCGUCCAGACUUGAAUUCAGAGAAGGUGAUAAGAAUAACCAGAGAAGAGAUGUUUCGUUUCUCUCAUCAGGUCCCAAGCCACUUGCUCACAGGUGAAGAAGCUGAAAAUGCUCCAAAGGGUUGCCAGGAGCUUGAUCCAGCUGCUACUCCAUUGGAACUUCUUCAGACAUUAACAGAAACUAAUGAGGUGCCAGCCGUGCAGAAUGACAAAGAGGUUAAUGGAGGUUCAUCACAGAAUGCUCAGGAAACUAAAACUAGUAAGACCGCUGAUCACACUCUCAAAUUCAGGGAAGCCGGGAUGGUAGAAAGUGAAGAAGCUCCAUGAAAAUGCCGGUAAACAACUUUUUGCGGCAAUAGCCAAACUGAAGAUUUGAAUUAUGUCAGAAUAUGAGUAGAAUGAGGAGAUAUUUUGAUGAUAUAUCUAGUUGUAGACUUUUGGCCAGACCUUUUGACUUUAACUGAAUGAGAUUAGUCGUGGUUCAGAACAAAGCAGAAGCAUGGGCUUAUAUUCAUGGAUCGGGCCUAUUAACUGAACUAGAGUUCGAGCAUGUGUGGACUUUGGUUGAGAAGGUUACUACGCAGGCCCUCGUUUUGUACCUUGAUCAGAGGCAAAUGGUUGAUCAGUAAGAUAUUAGCACAGGUUAAUGCUUGUUUUCAUAGUAAAAGGAAUCUCCAUUGCUCAGACAUAAAAGUCUGUUCCUAACCUUUUUUCUCUUUGGAUGCCUUAUAUUCCCAUGGGUGUACUUGGACCUUUCCUUUUGUUUCUAUAUCCUGUAAAGGCAUCCUCAAAGUUUUUGUUUGUCUACAACUAGAAUAUAUUCUAUUCUCAGAUCUGCUGGAGUAAAGCUAUAAUUGUUUGUCUUAUUUAAAA